AUGUCCGUACAAAGAUUUAUCGUCCGCGCCCUGCGGCCGGUGCCAUCAACACAGCAACUCCCAUCUAUCACCCGCUCGUUCAGCACAACUGCUCUGCGAUCCAUCGAUUCCAAAGAUCGUGCUCACCCCAAUGCCUCCGGUCAUCGUGAUAACCAGGCAAACAAGCCACCAAAUCAAUUUAUCCCUAAUACUACAUCUACCAUGACGAAGGACUACCCCAAUGUCGGAGAGAAGCCUGCGCCGCCAGAGAUGCUGAACUCCGUCGACCCAAACUAUCGUCCUUCUGAUCCUUACCCCGGAAAGAUCGAGCAUUUUACUGGUGGUCGCCAGGAAAGUGGUAGCCAGAAGCCUGAGCUGGGUGUUGGUGAAAUGGAGGGUAUCACCUUCAAGGUUGAGCCUUUGAAGCGCGUUGGAGAAGAUACAACUACCACACGGGCUCGGUUAUUAUAUCAAAGCCGCAAGCGUGGUAUCCUUGAAUCCGACCUGCUCCUCUCCACCUUCGCUGAUGUUUACCUCCGCAAAAUGAGUCCCGAGCAACUCCAGGAAUAUGAUCGUUUCCUCGACGAGAAUGAUUGGGACAUCUACUAUUGGGCUACCCAGGACCCACCUGAAGUGACUGGUGCCAACCCUCCGGCUGAGGACACACAGACGGAAACCUGGAAACAAACCGGCGCGAAGAGUGGCGAAUGGGCGCAGACUAUUGGUGCGUUCAGGGCUGCCUACAGACCUGUUCCAACUCGGUGGGAGGAAUCUGAGGUCUUGGAGCUGCUGAGACAGCAUGUGCGUGACAAGAGUGCUACUGGAUUUGAGUCGGCGAAGAAUAAGAGAACUGGUGGAGGUGGUGGUUUGGGACGUAUGCCCAAUGUGCAGGUGUUCAACUCUUAG